AUGAAACAAGAUUAAAAAUCGGCCUCAUUAGAAGAAAGUUCUACUAAAAGGGUAUCCUACUCAAUCUAUUCAAAAGGAAAAAAUACAGACAAUAAAUUAGAUAAAGUUUAACAAUAGAAUUAUAAUACUUAAUAAUUAAUACUCUAUCCUUUUAAAUAAAGUAUACAAGAAGAAUAAAAAAAUUUAACCUUAACCGAAUAAGAUUAUUAGCAGGUCAUUCGAUAUAUGUUAGACUAUCAGCAAUCCCUUACUAAUGGAGGAAAAAAGUCAAUUAUUUUAGAAAGAGCAGAAUAUCAGGACAAUUCACUUUAAUCAGAUGAGGAUCAGCCAAUUGUGUAGAUUUUAAAAAAAGUAAUUGAAAAAAUGUAUAACGGUUUAAAUACUGUCCAUAUUCUUUAGAAUUGUUGUCUUUCAGGUAUUCAUCUACUAGAAUCAAUAAACGAAAUUUAAUAAUAGUAUAUUGAUAAAUUGCCAACAUAAGAUGAAAAUUAUAGGAUAACCUUAUUUAAUAUUAUUUCAACAAAAAAUUAAAAGACGUUAUUGUCACAUCAAAAAUUUAGCAGAAUAUUACAAAGCUUUAACAUUUUAAUUGAUUAAAACAAUUAUUUCAACUGUUCAGAUUUAUUCAAAGAAAAAAAUUGUAAACUAAACUAAAUACUCUUAUAAAAUUAGUACUUUUUACCUAUUCAUUUUAACAAGCAACUAUAAACAAUUAAGGUUACUUCUGAGAUCUAGAAUGUAUAUAAAUACUUUUUAAAAUAAAAAAUCAUUUAAUUUAAGCCAAAGAUAAUCUUAUUAGGUAUAGAAAUAGAUAACACUUUUGAAAUAGAUAGCUACUAUCUUAAAAAAAUCCUACAUCAAUUAAAUAAGUUAUCUUAAAAUUCUUUGAUAAUUUUCCCCAUCAAUAUGGGUAACAUCAAUAAAGAAAAAUAUUGUUAAACCUUAGUGAAAUUUGUGAAUGCUCUAAAUACCUAUAAAUAAGCAAAAAAGAAUCAUAUCUAAGAUGUUGAUAGGGCAAUGAAGCCAACAAAUUAUCUUCCUUAUAUUGAGCGAGUGAGUCAAACUAGUAGGGAAAAAUAAUACUAUAAACUAUAAUUCUAAAGUUUAAAUGUAGUGCAUAAAUUUGAAUAAUCAAAUGAAGAUUAAUGUUAGGAAGGAUUUAAAUUUCCAAUUAUAAACGCAAAAAAUGAAAUAGAGUAUGUGACUUUAUAUGACUCAAAUGGUAAGAAAUUUAUUGAAAUUGAUUCUGACACUUAAUACUACGUUUCUUAUUUUCAAAAAAAUGAUGUUGUUAAUAAACUAUCAAUGUCAAUCGUUAAAAAUGAACAACUUUAUUGUGGUAAAAUCAAUUUGAAUAAGAUUGAGAUCGAGAAGGAAAAUGAAAAUGAAAAGGAAAAUGAAGAAGAAGAUGAAAAUGAAAAUGAAAAUGAAAAUGAAAAUGAAAAUGAGAAAAUAAUAAAAAUGCAAAAGAUCUCUGUAUUUUAAAAUAAUUCUAAUUCAGCUUUUCUGUUAGAUUAGUAUAAGUUUUAUUAAGUUACUUUAGGUGUUAAUGAAAUUGAUUAAUUUAUUGGAACUGUCAUCAUCUAUAAUUUUGAAAAAAAAAAAAUUAAAGUUGAUUAGUUUUCAGUUCAACAAAAUAACUAAAUAAUUAAAUGUCAUAUAAAGGGUUUUACUAUUAUAAAACACUCAGAAACAUCUUUUUCACUAUUAAGUGGAUGCAAAGAUGGAGAUCUAUAUCAAUAAAUUGGAAUUAAAUUAGAUUUCGCCGAAUCGAAUUCACUUAAACUUAAUUAAUAUUAAAAACAAUCAAGCAUAUUACCUAAAGGCUAUGAAAGCCCAUUAAUUGUAAAAUUCGAACCAAAUUAAAGUUAAGGACAAAAUCAAAAUCAAUAUUUAUAUUUUGAAUCCUAAACAAAUCAUUUUGCUUUUCCUUAUUCACCUUAAAUCUAUAAAAUUAUCUUUACACAGACCGCUUAGAAAACAAUUUGUCAAAGUCAACCAAUCUCAGAUGUUAUAAAUGCAUAUCUAUUCUAAAAAUACUCAAAACUCUUCAGAUCAGAUUAAAUAAACGUGAAAUAUUAGGAUUUAGCUUCAAAUAGGAGGAAAUUUGAUUUGAUAAUUUUAGAUAAAACUUAUGAACGUACUAACUAUAAAGAAUUUAAUGAUAAUAAGGAUAUUACGUUAUAAAAAUACUCCUAAUAGAAUUAUUUGCAUUUUUAAUUUUUGUAAUCUACAAAUAAUUAAUUAAAGAUUGAUUUAAAUAUUGAUUCAUUCCUUUUAAAAAAUAAUAUUGCCGAUUUAAAUAACAUAUGUCUAUAUAACAAUGUAAUAUGAUUUUUAUAUUUUUAGUGGCUAGAAGAAUUAAAAUUUUAGUAUGUCUUUUUGUAUAAUAGAUCAUAACACAUUUAUUUAUUAUAUUAUUAGAAAGAUAAGUCAAGGUAAUAUUCUAAAAGGAAGUUUGUUUUUUAUAAUCAAGAAAAUCCAACAGAUUACAUUCCUUUUGAUGAAGUUAUGAUAAAUGAUUAUUAUAAUAGUAUGAUAUGGGUUGUUAGGAAAUAUUAAGAUAGAAAGAAUCCAUAUCUUGUUGUUUAUUGUUGGUAAUGAAUUUUGUAUUAAUAUAGCCAUUGGAUGAGACUAUAAGAAGUCAAAGAUGCAGAUAUAAAUGCUUAAAUAAAAGUAAGGAUGCAUAAACUUUUUGAAAUCAAUAUUUAGAGUGAAGUAAUUGAUAUAAUUGGUCUUGAAGUCCAAAAAAGUGAUAAUGUAUUAUUUAAAUUAAAAUAAAGACUCUUCUAAUUUGUUCCUCAACUUUUAUUUGCAAAAUUCCAAUAUCAGAAAUGCUAAACCAUCUAGAAAGCAUUUAAAAUUAGAUCGUAAAUGUAUAUUCCUUUUAUGAAAUCUUUAAAACUGAAUUAAAUAUAUGUCAAGACUCUCCAAUGAUUCUCUUAGAUUUGAAUGAGAAUAUGAUGGCUCUUUUUUAUCAAUAUUGUAUGGUUAAUGGCUUAGAUGAAAAGCAAGGGCAAUUUCAAAUUGAAAUAAAAGCUAAGAUAUGGUUUUAAAAAAUGAAAUCUAAAAAUAACAUGAAUAAUUAUCUAGUUUCAAAUAGUAAUUAUGACUUCAUGAAUUAAGAUGACUAAGAACAGACCCAAGAUGAUCAAUCUUUAAUCAAAUUGUCAUUUAAUUAUUAAGCUUCGAAUACAUUAAUUCUAGCAAAACUUAUUUUAGUAUAAUAAAAAGGAUCAUAGUUCUAAUCAUUGAUAUUUUUUGAGGAAGAAUUCAGUCAAUUUUAUGUUGGUUAAUAUGUAUUUUCGCUUGAUCAAAAUUCGAUUAUUACACUGAAAAUGAUAUAAUUACAAUAUGACACAAUUUAAAUCCUCCAGAGCAUAUCUACAAAUAAAUACGAAACCCUGUUUAUGUACGAUUAAUCAAAUGAUCUCAUACAUUCUGAAAGCACUUUAGAAAAUUUUAUUUUUAAUCAUUAAGUCAAUCGCAAAAUAAAAAAUUAUGAACAAAAGGAACCUGAGGGACAGACAAAAAUAUCUAUAUAAAAAUCUGAUUAAAAGUAGCUUCUAUUAAAUUGA